AUGUCGGUGGUGGGGCUGGACGUGGGCUCGCAGAGCUGCUACAUCGCCGUGGCCAGGGCCGGCGGCAUCGAGACCGCCGCCAACGAGUUCAGCGACCGCUGCACCCCGUCAGUAAUAUCCUUUGGAUUGAAAAACAGAACAAUUGGACUUGCAGCAAAGAAUCAGCAAGUCACUCAUGCAAACAAUACAGUAUCUCACUUCAAGAGGUUCCAUGGACGCGCAUUCAGUGACCCCUUCGUUCAAACAGAGAAGGAAAACUUAAGUUAUGACCUGGUCCCCCUGAGUAACGGUGGCGUUGGGAUACAGGUGACGUACAUGGGAGAGGAGCAUCUGUUCAGCGUGGAGCAGGUGACAGCCAUGCUGCUGACCAAGUUGAAGGAGACGGCAGAAAACAACCUCAAGAAGCCUGUGACGGACUGUGUCAUUUCCGUGCCCUCCUUCUUCACGGACGCCGAGAGACGCUCGGUGCUGGACGCUGCCCAGAUCGUCGGCCUCAACUGCCUCCGCCUCAUGAACGACAUGACCGCAGUUGCUGUGAACUACGGGAUUUACAGGCCAGAUCUCCCAGGCCUGGAUGAUGACCCACGGAUUGUGGUGUUUGUUGACAUGGGACACUCUGCCUUUCAGGUGUCUGCCUGCGCCUUCAACAAGGGGAAGCUGAAGGUCCUGGGAACAGCUUUUGAUCCUUUCUUAGGAGGGAAAAACUUUGAUGAAAAGUUGGUGGAACAUUUUUGUGCCGAAUUUAAAGCCAAGUACAAGUUGGAUGUCAAGUCCAAGAGCCGCGCCCUCCUCCGCCUGUCUCAGGAGUGUGAGAAGCUGAAAAAGCUCAUGAGUUCCAUCAGCACGGAGAUACCCAUGAACAUCGAGUGCUUGAUGGAUGACAGGGAUGUGUCGGGGAAGAUGAGCAGGUCACAGUUUGAAGAGCUCUGUGCUGACCUUCUGCAGAGGAUAGACAGACCCCUUCAUACACUGAUGGAGCAAACGAAGCUGAAAGUAGAGGACGUGAGUGCGGUUGAGAUAGUUGGAGGCACCACCCGGAUCCCUGCUGUGAAAGAAGCCAUCACCAGGUUCUUUCGGAAGGACGUCAGCACCACGCUUAAUGCGGAUGAAGCCGUGGCCCGCGGGUGUGCACUGCAGUGUGCGAUCCUUUCCCCAGUCUUCAAAGUGAGAGAGUUCUCCAUCACGGAUGUGAUUCCCUUCCCAAUCUCUCUGGUCUGGAACCAUGACGUGGAAGAUGCUGAAGGCGUUCAUGAGGUAUUCCCCCGGAACCACCCGGCCCCCUUCUCCAAAGUCCUCACUUUCUACAGAAAAGGGCCUUUUGAGCUGGAAGCUUUCUACUCUGACCCGCAGGGUGUACCAUAUCCAGAAGCAAAAAUAGGCCGCUUUGUGGUCCAGAAUGUUUCAGCACAGAAAGACGGAGAAAAGUCUAAAGUGAAAGUCAAAGUGCGUAUCAACACGCACGGCAUCUUCACCGUGUCCACGGCCUCCAUGGUGGAGAAAGUGCCCACCGAGGACAGCGGAGCAGCCUCCGUGGAUGCCAGCGUGGAGAAUCCAGGCCAGCAUGUGGCUGAACCCCCUGACUGCGAUAACAACCCCCAGCCCGCGAGCAGUGACGCUGGAGCACAGCCCCAGGUACAAAGCGAUGGGCACCAGCCUGCCCAGUCUCCCCCUCCACCUGAGCCUCCCUCAGAAGAGAACGCAGCCCCAGAGGUUGACAAAGCAAAUGAAAAGAAAGUUGACCAGCCCCCAGAAGCCAAAAAACCGAAAAUGAAGGUGGUGAAUGUGGAGCUGCCGGUGGAAGCCAACUUAGUGUGGCAGCUGGGAAGGGACCUCCUGAACAUGUACAUCGAGACCGAGGGUAAGAUGAUGAUGCAGGAUAAAUUGGAAAAAGAGCGAAACGAUGCUAAAAACGCAGUGGAGGAGUAUGUGUACGAGUUCAGAGACAAGCUGUGCGGGGGGCCGUACGAGGCACUCCUAAGCGAGCAGGAUCACGAGAGCUUCCUGAACCUUCUCACUGAGACGGAGAACUGGCUGUAUGAGGAGGGGGAGGACCAGUGUAAGCAAGCUUACGUGGACAAGCUGCAGGAGCUGAUGAAAAUUGGCACUCCGGUCAAGGUCCGCUAUAAGGAAGCCAAGGAGCGGCCCAAAGCGUUUCAGGAUCUGGGAGAUGUUCUGCAGCAUUUUGCCAGGAUUGCCGCCGACUUCCGGGGGAAGGAUGAGCACUACAGCCACAUCGAUGAGUCUGAGAUGAAGAAGGUGGAGAGGUGUGUGAACGAGGCCAUGGAGUGGAUGAACAACGUCAUGAACGCGCAGGCGAAGCAGAGCCCACAUCAGGACCCCGUGGUGCGCACUCAGGACAUCUAUGACAAGAUGAGGGAGGUGAUCAACACGUGUGAGCCCAUUGUCACACAGCCCAAACCAAAAAUCGAGUCACCCAAAAUGGAGAGAACCCCCAACGGGCCGAACAUGGCCAAGAAUGCAGACGGCGUGGAAGGCAAGGGCACGCUGGGCACCGAGCCCCCACACCAGAACGGAGACUGCUCAGAAGAGAAGGGCGGCGUCGGCAUGGACCUGGACUGA